AUGUUCUGUUUUCAGCUGCCAUACCCGGCACGUGGCGGCGAAAUAUCCAACGCAGAACUCCAUGACAUUUUCGAGCAGCGCAUUGACUACGGCGGUGUCCAAGCGCGUACCGCUGAUGAGGGCCACAUUAAGCAGAUGCACAUUCCCCUUUGCUCGUCGGUAUCGCAGAUUCAGCUGUUUCACAACGUCGUCUUCCGCGUCCUUACUUUCAUUCUCGAUCAGCGUAGAAAUCAGGUUGUUCAACCCGGCCGAAAUGGGUGUGGACUCGUGGCCGAGGACGCUCACUGCCUUCAUCACCGUCAUGAUUUGCCUUCCGGUAGCCGUCCUGCCCUCUUUCCCGAAACCUUCACAAACUAG